AUGACUAGCGUCCUCACCGAUCUGAACGCGCACGUCGAGCAAGUGAUGGCGACUCUCGAGUCCGACGCUGUGCGCCGCGAGCUAGCGACGGGCCUGCACAACGACGCGCAAGGCGCGCAGCCGGAUCCAGAGCUGAAGGCGUUAGCAGGCACGUCGAUUGAUUUGCUACAUCGGAUCGAGCAGAAGCUGGAGUCGGGGUACUUGGUGCUGGCGGAUCACUUUCUAGGCUACGUGCACGCCAAAUGCCUCGUGGGUGUGGUGAAUCUGCACGUCGCCGAUACGUGGCGAAAUACGGACCGCUGGACAUCGAAGCGCUCGCCACCGCGACAUCAGCGCGCAGCGACCGGCUAG